AUGUCUGGCCAGCCUUGGGAAGAUCGUCGUGGAAUGUUUCAGCGAGGAAAAGAAGUCCACGAUCCUGCAAGACGGCCUUCUCAAAGUGGUGGUGUGAUUGAAGCAGUGCGGAGAGCUUCUGUAACCAGCAACAACUCUUUGGUCGAGAAGCCAUUGAGUAAUGAUCCAGCAUCUCCCAGCUCGCCAACGAGCCAACGACGAAGGUCUUCAGCCGCAUCUGGUGGCAUGUUCGGUAGCCUCGCGCAGCACAAGCGUGGAAGCGAAGACUAUGCGACGCGAAGAGGCAGCCACGCCGAGCAGCUCACAUCGGGCGGAGCAGUAUCAGGCUGGUUCAAUAAGACCUUCCGAGGCAUAAGCACACCUGGUGACCAGAAGGCCGCCGAUCAGAAGCGUGGAGUCAUGGAAUGA